AUGCCACCCUUCCAGGCACUCCUCUCACCCAUCAUUGGACACGUCAACCAAUACAUUCAAACCAAAGCGAAAAACAUACCAUUCCUCAAGAUCCAACUAGAGAUUUAUCAACACACCACUAAAAUCAUCGAACUUGACGAUCAAGAAGAUACUGGUAAACAUCCACUCCUCCCAUUCCUCCAAGCAAUCAUUCCUCAAUUAAAACAAUUAUUGGAAACUAAUUUAUAUGAUUAUGAAAUUGUCGAGUUAAUUUCAGCAAUUUAUAGAUGGACAUUAUUAUUUUGUAGAAAUGUUGUAUCAGAAUUGGCACCGGAAAUCAUUACUCAAGCUACAUUGGCCUAUCAAAAGAACCCUCUUCCCUAUUUAUUACAGGUUAUCAACGCAUGUGCAUCCUCAACCAAACUACCAAUUGAAACUGAAAACAAACUAAAAGAAUCCUUGUCCAUUAUCUCUGCCACUACACUUUCUCUACUUCGUGAGGAAACCAUCAAACUUAGUAAAACAUUACCUCAAGAAUACGCUAUUGAUCCUCAAUAUCAUCUCAACUUUUCAAUUAGACCUGAUAUUACAAAAGAUUAUUUAUUAUUAAUUCAAUCUACAUAUACAUAUUCACCACAAUGUUUAAAUCCAAAUAUAGUUUCGACACUUGUUAUUUAUAUUAUUCAUAAUGUAUUGGAUUUAAAGGAUUUGUCAACUGUCAGAAAUACCUUUAACUUUUUAUCGCUUAUUAUUAUGUCAUGUAAAUCAAAAGAUGAAAGACAUAAAGUAUUUGGUGCCAUUAUUGAUGAAAUCAUUGCUGUUCAUGGUAAAGUUUUAAUUAAAAAUCUUUUAAUUGGAGUUUCAAGAGUUUUCCCAACAACAUUUAUGAAUACAGUUUCAGAAGUACUCUUUUCCUAUUCAUCUUCUUAUCCAACACCUUUUAGAAGAGAAGCCAAGAUCAUUUUAGUUCAAUCUCCAUUCCUUGAUGAUGUUGUUGCACCAUGUGAUAGACAAAUAUUCCUUUCACAAUUACAAAGAACCGACAACAAAAAUGAAUAUAGAUUUGCUAUUCAAACAUUCUCUAUUCUUUUUUGGAUGGAAUCAACAUUAAUGAAAGAGGUAUCAUCAUUUUCAACGAUACCUUUACAAAUUGAUCAACUCUAUGGCCACCAUUCAUCGAUAGCAACGACAACAACAACAACAACGAAUAAUGAUACACUAUACGAUAAAGAUUUUAGAUUUUUUACAGAGAUUCAAAUAGAACAAUUGGAUAAGAUUGAUAUUCGAACAUCGUUUGCAUCAAAGUUGAUAUUUUUCCUAAGCAUCAGUGACCUAAUGGUCGCCAUAUCCUACUAUCCAUUUGGUCGAUUGUCAAAAACAUUCUGUGAUAUUCAAGGUAUUGGUCUCAUGUUUUUCCUAUCGAGUAGUUAUUUUUGGACAAUGUGUAUCUCCAUCUCUGUCUAUUUUGUAUUCUUUUUAAAUCAAGUCAAUAUAAACCAUCUAAUGAAAUAUUUUCAUAUCAUUAGUUGGGGUGUUCCAUUUGCCACUACUCUCAUUGCAAUGUUAAAUUAUGAUAUUUUUGGUAGAACUGGGUCUUGGUAA